UCUCAGUCCAUCUUUUCCGUCAAGGAUGGAUCCGAGAUCUCUCACAACCGUCGCGCUAGUCGCCGACGAACUGGGCCUCUAUCCGCUCAGCAGAGGGAAAAGGCUGCAUUGAUCCGGAAGCUGGGCGCGUGCUCAGAUUGCAGGAGGCGGCGGGUUGCUGUAAGUCACACAUUACGAUCUACCUAAUCCUUUGUUUUUAUGCUACCAACAAAAUGCUCACAUGAUCCUGACCCCUUCAAAAAGUGUCACCCCAACCAUCAUAAUAUGACGUGGGAAGACGCUAUGCGCAAGUAUCGCUCUUCUAGUCCCUUACAGGAUCUUGCGCCCCUGGCUGGUCGUCCGAUCAGCCCCGCGUCCAACCAUGUUAGACAUCAUUUCACCCAAGAUCCCCAGGAGAUGGAGAUUGACUCCACCCCCGCUACUCCUAAUAAUGCCCAGAGCACACCAGGUCGUCCACCGCUCAGCGACGCGAGAAUCCGGACACCGCUACCUUCGGGCCCACGGCUAGAGAAACCCGUCUCUACUUCCCCUCUGGCCGCAGUUGCUCCAGCGUCAAGCCACUAUACACCUUUACCAAGCAUCAAUUCCGUCAAGACAGAGCUAGAGAAUAGUGCCUUGAAGAUUCUCUCGUCGCCGUACCGCAGCCGCUACAGUAGCGUGUGCGCGCUCCUAAUUUAUUGGCAAGACGACGAAAAUCCUGGAGUGGCGAGCGCAGUGGAAGAAUUGGCCAUUGUUCUCGACAAGUGUUAUCACUACACUCCCGAAAUCCUCAAGAUUCCGUCAUCUGCGUCAGACGGUUGUACUAAUUCGUGGAGAUGGCUCUCGAGGAUCAUCAACGACUUUACGGACAAGGGCGACACCAGGGACGUUCUGAAAAUUGUAUAUUAUAAUGGCUAUAGUUUCCUGGAUGAGCAUAGGGAGAUGGUUCUAGCGAGUUCUCGAGACCGCGCGAAAGCUUCGACUAUUCGAUGGAGCGGUAUUCAACAAAUAUUAGAGGAAGCUCGUUCGGAUACGCUCAUUGUGAUGGAUUCUGCGUAUUUUCCGUCUUCUAAGAUGGUUCGGCAGAAGGGAAUGCUGGAACUCAUUGCAGCCUCGUCUUCGGAAGAUUACUUCGAUGUUUUGGACCGAAAUAGCUUCACCAGGACACUAUCCGAUCAACUUCGAACACGGGCCGCCCAACGCUUUCCGAAUGCCCUGUCAGCCGCCGAAUUGCACUCGAAACUCCUAUCUAUCUAUCCUAAAAUCAUCCAAGACAAACAUCCGGAAAAGGGACUAACCAUAGGUUUCCCUUCGCCGCUACACAUCCAGAUUUCUGGUAACUCGAGGUUACCUUCGAUUACGUUAUCUCCGCCGCAACCACCACCACGGACGAUUUAUAGUCCAGAGAAUCACCACGGCCCUCAAUUGACACUGUCAAUGCGGUUAACUGAAGAAAAUCUCAAUAUUGAGAGCUGGGCCGAAUGGCUUCGUAUGAUGCCGGAAGGGAUCAAAGACGUCAAAGUCGAAGGUCCAUACACUGCUACGUUUAGGUGACGAUGUAUCACCCAACCAAUACGUUUUUUUAUGUAAUCUUUUUAAAUGCGCCAAUCUGCCACGAGACCACGAUAAGCGAC